CUUAGCUGGGAUCGUCGUCACAACAUCAAGGAAGUGGUGAAAAACAUCGUAGAAACACGCUUGAAAUCCAUCCUACUGAAACACGUCUACCUGAAACACCGUCGUACGAGAGCUAGACUUCCUUGCUACAAAAAAGGUGGUGUUGGUAAACAUGAGGCUAUUGCUUAGCUCUAAAUUCUUAGGCUCUACCAGGACGUGCCUAGCAGUUAAAAUUCGGGAGAGAUCGCCCGUCUCUGUCGGCAUUCGUUGUCGAGCUGCAUCAACUCUGAGAGGUUCACUGUACAGCACGCCUCUCAGUGAACAGAGGGCAAGGGAGCGGGAUGCCUCGGCCAGAAGGGCAGCUUUUCAGGAAAUACUGACAGAACUGUCCAACACUGUGACCAGAAAUGGUGCCAGGGGGUUUCAAAGGUCCCUCCAGGCGCUGCAGGCCGCCCUCUCUGUUGGCAACGAGUACGUGGCCAACUUCCAGCGAGGCGUCCAAGAUCCACCCCAGGUGGUACUGCGCAAGCUCUUUGAGCGGCUGGGUGCCACCUACAUAAAGCUGGGCCAGUUCAUUGCCAGCUCGCCCACACUCUUCCCCGAAGAGUAUGUGCUUGAAUUUGAGAAGUGCCUGGAUAAGACGGAUCCGGUGCCCUGGGAGGUGAUCCGGGGGAGGAUGCGCGCGCAGCUGGGACGGCCGCUGGAGGAUGUCUUCUCAUUCGUGGACCCUGUGCCGCUGGCCAGUGCUUCCGUUGCGCAGGUGCAUGCUGCAGUGCUAAAGGACAGCGGCAAGGAGGUGGUGGUGAAGGUGCUGAAACCGGGAGUGGAGGAUGUAUUGGCCACGGAUCUGGAUUUUCUGUACCUGGCCUCGCGGGUGUUCGAAUUCAUCAACCCCGAGCUUUCGCGCAUGUCCCUUGCCGCCAUUGUGGGCGACAUCCGCGCAUGCAUGCUGGAAGAGGUGGACUUCCUGAAGGAGGCUACGCACAUUUCGGAGUUUGCACAAUAUUUGGAGCGGACGGGGGCCACCGGCGUCGCAGCGUGUCCCUUUGUGUAUCGUGCAUUCUCCACCAAAAGCAUGCUUGUAAUGGAGCGUUUCAGAGGCGUCCCGUUGACAGACCUGGCAGCCAUUCGAAGCAUGACAAGCGCAGACCCAGAGAGUGUCCUGGUGAACGCACUGAAUGUGUGGUUCGGCAGCGUGCUGGCCUGCGAAACUUUUCAUGCAGACAUGCACGCAGGGAACUUGUUAGUGCUAGAGGAGAGGAAUGGGCAGGCGAGCGGGCGGGUGGGCUUCAUUGAUUUCGGCAUCGUGGGCCGCGUGUCCCCUGGCACCUGGAUGGCUGUGGAAGCAUUGCUGACAUCUGUCGCCACCCGGGACUUUGACACCAUGGCGCGCGCAUUGGUGACCGUGGGAGCCACCAGCACUGACGUUGAGAUCAAGGCGUUUGCAGCGGAUCUGGAGCGGUUGUACACAGGCUUCUCCACGCUCGAUGCGGAGGUGCUUGUGGCGGCUGGCAGGGGUGGGCAGGCGGCUGCCGCCAGCCUCAACCUGGAUGAUGCCCAGAUCAACAGGCUGCUGCUCCAGAUUGUGCAGGUGGGAAAUGACCAUGGCAUCCGCUUCCCAAGGGAGCUGGGCAUGCUCCUGAAGCAGCUGCUCUACUUUGACAGAUACACGCGCAUCCUGGCGCCUGAGCUGUCUGUCUUGGAUGAUGAAAGGAUACGCCUGCGGUAGCUGACAGACUCCGGGAAAAUCUAGCGUAGUGCACAAAUUCUUGAAAUGUUACCGCAAAGAAGUGGCAAUUGCAAGAUUGGAUGCUCUGUUACUGAAAUUUUGUGCAAAGUGGUAACGGCAUGGAAGAAAGACAAUAAUUACCAUGUACUCUGGAUUUCUGUUUAAGAUUGUUACAAGCAAGGGACGUAUAUUUUUCAAACACGGGUAAAGCCCUCUGUAUAUUUUGCUGCACAGCUAACAGCAGUGCUUCACUGUCUGAUUGAUCAGCAAAGUUGCCUAUAUCAGGCAAGCGGGGCAACGCAAACGGAUUAUUUCAAAAUUGUAAGACCUCUUCAGGAUG